CACCCUUUAACCUAAUUGGCUGACCUACCCUCCCCGGAGGGAACUUGGCAAAUAAAACAGUGCGUUGUACUGUGGGUAGUAACCAUUGUUAACAGGUUAUAUCACAAUAUGUCCUCAGAAAAGUGCUUCGCUAAAGGAAGUCCUGCUCCUGGUCCAGUGCCACAGGACAGGCUGCGUCUCUACAGCAUGAGAUUCUGCCCUUUUGCCCAGAGAACCAGAUUGGUGCUGCAUGCCAAGGGGAUCAAGUUUGACACCAUCAACAUCAACCUGAAAGACAAACCUGACUGGUUCCUCGAGAAGAACCCAUAUGGUCUGGUGCCUGUUAUAGAGACACCUGCUGGUGAAGUGGUGUUUGAGUCCAUGAUCACCUCUGAGUACCUGGAUGAAGUAUACCCUGAGAAGAAGCUGCUGCCAGCCACUCCUUUUGGAAAAGCCAAACAAAGAAUGAUGCUGGAACAUUUCUCCAAGAUUAUACCGCAUUUCUUCAAGAUCACAUCAGCAAAAAGAAAGGGUGACGAUGUGUCAGGAUUAGAGGCUGAGUUAAAAGAGAAGUUUACUGAUCUAAACAACCGCUUGGUGAAAGAGAAGACGAGGUUCUUUGGUGGUGAUACCAUAACCUUAAUCGACUAUAUGAUGUGGCCGUUCUUUGAGAGGCUUGAGAUGUUCGAGGUGCAACACUGCUUGAACCACACCCAUGAGCUGAAGAAGUGGACUGAAUACAUGCUGGAGGACCAAGCUGUCAAAGCCACCAUGCACAGCACAGAUAAUCACAGAGUUUUCUUCAAGAGCUUCCAGGAUGGUGAACCAGACUAUGACUAUGGCCUAUAGAAAACAAUAGCCAUAGAU